UGGUAGGUACUUCAACCAAUACCAUCUGAACCAUUAUUAAUAUAAAACUCCUGCCUAACAGUUGUAUAAUAUUAUCAUUGGUUAAUAUAUCCCUAAAAAUACAAAAAUAAUAAUUUUAUAAGCAAUAUACACAUGUUAUUUUUUGAUAAUCAUUCAAAAUUGUAUAAUGAAUAGUAUUUUUUUUUUCGUGAAUAAUUUACCAUAACAUAAUAGUAGGUAGAUAAAUAUUUCGUAAAUAACCUGUUAAUAUCAUAAUAUUAUUUUCGUCACCAGUCAUGAAGUCAACAAAUACUUUUAAUCUGGUUAUAUAUUCAUGCUUCAUAUUGGGAACGGUCGUUUUGUGUGAUAGAGAAUUAAAAAAACGACAAACAAAAUCUUGCAAUGAAAAAAUAGAAUACACUUGUGGAUCCGGCCAAUGCAUUGAUAUCACAUCUAUUUGUGAUGGAUUACGAGAUUGCAUUGACGGAUCUGAUGAAACAAAAGUUCUAUGUGGAUCGAACAUGUGUCCAACAUAUGCAUUCAAGUGCACAUACGGUGCUUGUAUAAAUGUGGAAAGUAUAUGUGAUGGUGUAGAACAGUGUCUUGACGGUUCUGACGAGAAAGGAUGUACCGAUUUAAUUUCACCACCAGUAACUAUAGGCUCUGUAGAAAACUCUGAAAAUAUUACAAUGGUAUCGGCAACUACAGAAUCGUCUACUAUAUCGACAUCUACAGUAUCGACAACUAGGACUACUUCAUUUCCUACAGUAAUUGCACUAAGCAGACCAAACAAUCCGAUGGAAUAUUCUUCCAAACAAAACAAAACUUGCGUGAUACCAAACACCGAAGGAACCAAGCACUUUUAUAAGGAUUCAAUUGAAAACGUUCCUGUUUCGAAUGGGGCUGUUGUUGAUCCUUAUCGCAUAGUUGAAGUAGACUGCGAAGAAGGAUAUUAUAAAAUUAUUCCGUACAAAUUUAUGGUUUGUUCUGAGUCUGGACAAUGGAAGCCAUUUGUUUCUAAUGAAUUGUGUUUGAAAAAAUGUCCUCCUAUGGUAUCAGAUAUAUUAGAUAUUAAAUGUUCACUGAAUGGAUAUAAUGUAAAUUGUUCAACACCAUCAGAACCUGGUACUAUAUUAACACAAUCGUGUAAAGUCAUGAAUUCACAUCAUUCAUCAAAAGGACAUGAAAUAACGAGUACUUCUAAAGAGUUGCUUUGUCUUAAAAAUGCAGAAUGGAAUGGACAACUACUAACUAGUUGUACAUCACAUAAAGAAUUAAUCUCAAAUAAAAUGAAAGAAUCAUCUGUAACAGCACCUUGGAAUGUAGAAAUAUAUAAAAUUAAUAACGAUGGUUAUUAUUACCGAACAUGUGGAGGAACACUGAUUGCUCCAAAUUUAGUUAUCUCUGCUGCUCAUUGUUUUUGGAAAAAGGGAUUAAGGAGGACAAUUAUAACAAAUGAAAACAAUAUUAUUAAAAUUGCCGUCGGAAAAGAAACUAAUCAUUUUUCUGUGAUAGACAAUAAAUAUACACAGUUUAUAGACAUAAAAUCAAUUUAUCUUAAGGAACGUUAUGAUGGCUCAAAUGGAAUGUAUGCUGAUGACAUUUCUAUAAUUGUGUUAGCAACCAACAUUGCCUUUAGUAAUGGUGUUUUGCCCGCUUCUAUCGAUUGGUCAUCAAAAUAUUCACUUUCUAAUGGAGAUUUAGGAAAGAUGUUUGGUUUGGGAAUCAAUAAUACUUGUACUGGAGAAGAUAAAUCGAUAUUAAAAUUAUAUACUUUAUCAUAUAUUGACCAUAGGACAUGUCGGCAAAUGUACAGAAAUGGAUUUGAAAAUUACAUUACCAGAGAUAAAGUUUGCACUGAUUAUAAAUUAGUUGCAGGAGAAAAAAAUCUUUUAGGUUUUGGCGGUUCGGGCUUAAUAUUUGAACACUAUGAACACAAUAUGCCUGUACAAUUUUUAACUGGAGUACUUAGUAUCAAGGAUUUAAAUUCAAUGAAAUCAGUAGCAGUAUUUACAAGUAUAAAACAUCACAUACAUUGGAUUCGUAAUAUUUAUUUAAAUCAUGGAACUAAACCUAAAAGAAUAAGGAGCCAACGUUAUACUCCAGUAAAUUAUUUAUUACAUAAUAUUAGUCAAAUAGUCAUCUCAAAGUUUGUAUCAGUCAUCGGAACCUCUUCGCUUAUAUAACUGACCUACUGCACUAAAUAAACGUUCCACGUGAGCUGAAGAAGGAGUUGCUGUAUUAGAUUGAAUAUACCUAUAAGCAUUUUUUUAAAACUAUUGGAAAAUCUAUAGUGGAGUUUUAAUAUUGAUGUUUGAAAAAUAAUUAUUUGCAAUAAUUUGUAUAUCAUUAUUUUCAACAUAUUGGUUUCAUUUUAAAUAGGUUAUAGGUAGGAGCAUUGAGCAUAAUCCAAAACAGUAAUGAGUAAUGACUAAUGACUAUCAUUUGGUUAUUCAUGACGAAAAUAUUUUAUUAUAAUAUGUUCUUGAGAAU